AUGAAGUUCUCCGCCAUCCUCGCGCUCCUCCCCCUGGCUCUCGCCAGCCCGACGCCGACGACCGUCGAGAAGCGCGCGACAACCUACUGCGGUCAGUGGGACUCUGCCGUCACGGGCACCUACACCGUCUACAACAACCUCUGGGGCAUGUCCUCGGGCACCGGAAGCCACAACCUGCAGUGGUCCACGACCUGGUCCUGGUCCGGCGGGCAGUACAACGUCAAGUCGUACGCAAACGCCGUCGUCAACGUCAGCAAGAAGGCCCUGAGCGCGAUCAGCAGCAUCCCCUCAACCUGGAACUGGAGCUACUCCGGCACAGGCCUCGUAGCAAACGUAGCCUACGACCUCUUCACCUCCUCCACGGCAACCGGCUCCGCCCAAUAUGAAAUCAUGAUCUGGCUCGGCUCCCUCGGCGGCGCCGGCCCCAUCUCCGCCACCGGCAGCGCCAUCGCCACCCCGACCGUCGCCGGCCGCACCUGGAACCUCUACAAGGGCGUCAACGGCCAGAUGACCGUCUUCAGCUUCGUCGCGCCCAGCAACGUCCAGAGCUUCAGCGGUGACCUCAAGGCGUUCGCGACCUACCUCAUCAACAGCCAGGGUCUGCCUUCCUCCCAGAUCCUCCAGAGCAUCGGCGCCGGUACCGAGCCGUUUGUCGGGUCGAAUGCCAAGUUCACCACGACUGCUUACACUGCUUCUCUUUCUUGA